AUGUCAUUCAAAAUUGCUGAUUUGGUGUAUGCAAUUCCAGAUGGAACUCCAGUGCGAAUAAAAGUUGUUGAUGAUGGAUAUUUUCACAUACAGAUAAAUCAUAAAAUCAAUUUAGAGAAAGAUGAAAAUGAUGCCGAGACGUUUCGCUUAGUAAAGAAAGGAAAAAACAAACUUGCACUUCUAUCUGAAGAUGGAAAGUACUUAACUGCAUAUAAAGGAUGCGUUACUGAAAAUGCAGAAGCUCCAUUUAGACAACAGACGUUUUCUAUUGAAGGAUCAACUCUUAAAAAUGUUAUAUUGUACUCCAAAUUCCUUGGUUACUAUCUAUCUUAUGAUGAUGAAGGAGAUAUUUCUUUUUCAUCUGAUGUUCCAAACAAAGCUGUUCAUGUUUCUAUAAUUAAGAUAUACUAA